AAUAGACUUUAAAGAGAAUCUCACGAAAAAUACUUCACACAAAUCAAAAGAAAACAGGAAUGAUAUUUUGCAUAAAGAAAUUUUUUUUUGCAUCGUGACUAUUUUCGCUGUAAUUAAGCUCAUUAACAUAAAUACAAAUACUAAUAUUGUUUAUACUUGCUGUACUUCACAUGCAAAUUUACUUCACAAUUUAAAUCAUUUUUUUAUUAACACUAAUAAAAUACUAAUAAAUGAUAAUACUAAUAAAAAUGAGAUUUGUAUAGAUUAAGAGGGGUUUAAUUAUGAAAACAAUGCAAAAAAUCUAAAUGACAGUUUAUAUAGUUUUUACUCAUUUCAGUUUUAGUUAUUUUAGUACAUAAAUGAAAAAUGAGAAGUGGCUUUGCCAACUAGUUUAAUUUCAGUUAACAUUUAUUUUACAUCACUGAAGUGAAUUUUUUAGUUAAUUAUACAUAAAGUAAUUUGAGUACUACAAAUACUACUAUAGUUUAUACUUACUGUAUUUUACAUUUUCUAUAUAUAAUUAUUUUUUAUGGUGAUGCUGUAAUAAAAAUGAGAUCUGUAUUCAUUAGGAGGGGUUUAAAUGUGCUCAGUUGUCUUGAAAACAAUGCAAAAAAAGUUUCUUUUCAUGCUGCAUGUACUAUAUAUUUUUAUAUUUUUGAUUUUGGUGUGAAUAUUACGAAUAUUGUUCGCUCUUUGAUGAAUUGCUUUUACAUGCAUGUAAAAGUUACAAAUCCGGUCUGUACCAUGAAGAGAUCGGUGUCUUGUGUUUGUCUCUGAAUGUACAGACACCUGUGUGUGUGUGUGUGUGUGUGUGAUUGAGUGAAUUCGAUCUCUUCCUCUGGUCUUGGAGGUGGCACUGAUCUCCAGCGGUGGGCGUCACAGAGAGACAGAAGAGGAGCGGAGAUCCAGCCGUACAUUCAAUAACCGUCCUGCAGCUCUGUACUGAACUCAGUGAUGAUGAAGGCACCGCUCCAGUGACAUGGAUGAGCUGGAAGGUUCUGGAUCUGGAUCUGGUUGGUGCGUGAACUGUGGGAACAGAUCGGAAUGGGAAGACUGGGAACGCCUGUCGCUCUUCGGCGACACCGUGCUUGUGGUCGUUACGACGGUGUGCGUUCCGCUGCUGCUGCUUGGCCUGCUGGGAAACGCCCUAACGAUUCUGGUGGUGUGGCGACGCCCACAGAUGAGAAGCACCACCUACCUGUACCUGAGCAGUAUGGCUGUAUCAGACGUCCUGAUUUUGCUGUUGAUGCCUCUGGAUCUCUAUAAGCUGUGGCGGUAUCGCCCGUGGUUGCUGGGGGACGCCGUGUGCAAGCUGUCGGUGUUUGUGGGAGAAUGCUGCACCUUCUCAUCCAUCCUGCACAUGACUGCACUGGGGGCGGAGCGAUACCUGGCCGUAUGCUUCCCUCUCCGCGCACGCUUGCUCGUGACGAGGAGGCGUGUCCGCGUGCUGAUCGCAGGGCUGUGGGGCGUGGCCAUGCUCAGUGCGGGACCCGCAUUGGCUUUGGUAGGGGUGGAGCAAUUAGAGGCCGGAGCCAGUGAAUGCCGCUGCACGCAGUACGCUCAGACCUCCGGCCUUCUGAAAGCCAUGCUGUGGCUCUCCAACCUCUAUUUCAUUUGCCCUCUCACAAUUCUGACCCUCCUCUACGGCCUGAUCGCCCGCCGCCUGCACCUGCGCGCACACACGCAUCGAGACAAAACACACCACCAGACCCUCCGGAUGAUGGUGGUAAUCGUGCUGGUGUUCAUCUUGUGUUGGCUGCCGUUCCAUGUGAGUCGGACGCUGUUUUCGGUGUCGGACUCCAGUGAUUUGUAUUACAUCAGUCAGUAUUUUAAUCUGGUGUCUUUAGUGCUGUUUUAUGUCAGUGCUGCGGUGAAUCCUCUGCUGUACAACAUCAUGUCCGCUCGCUACCGCGCCAAUGUCCUCGCCAUGCUGCGGUCAAUAGUGGGUUCCACGGACGAGCAGCGCCAAAGGGCCCGCACCUCCCCGCUCACCGCCUCUCACUCCAGCACACACUUCUGACCUGUGUGUGUGUUAGGCUUGAAACAAACUGUACACAAAUAAGACUUUGGAGGGAACUAAUACUGAGGUUUAUUACCACCACAGUAACACAAGAAUGCACUGUAACUGUGUUCAAUGGGGCCACUGGCCAAGCAAUUGUGUGCAUCCGUUCAGGCUUACUUUUUGCAUUUAUGUACUUUCGUACUUUUGCAUUUCUUUACAUUUACUUUUGCGUACUUUUGUAUUUUUGCAUUCAUUUACGUUUUGUAUUUAUGUACUUUCACAUUAGUUUACGUUUUGCAUUUAUGUAUAGUACUUUUGCGUUUUGCAUUUGCGUACUUUCGUACUUUUGCAUUUGUUUACAUUUACUUUUUGCAUUUGCGUACUUUUGUAUUUUUGCAUUUGUUUACGUUUACGCUUUGUAUUACGUACUUUCGUAGUUUUGCAUUCGUUUACGUUCUGCAUUUAUGUACUUUUUACAUUCGUUUACGUUUACGUUUUGCAUUUACGUACUUUUGUACUUUUGAAUUUGUUUACAUUUACUUUUUGCAUUUGCGUACUUUUGUAUUUUUGCAUUCGUUUACGUUUUGUAUUUACAUACUUUCGCAUUCGUUUACGUUUAGCAUUUGUUUACAUUUACUUUUUGCAUUUACGUAUUUUCGUACCUUUGCAUUUGUUCACUUUUACGUUUUUGCAUUUUUGUACUUGCCCUGCAGAUGGACACAUUCGGCAUAAAGGAGCAAGAGUCAUUGUGACUUCUGAUGAAUGACAAAAUAUCUACAAAUGGACAGAGCAUCAUUGAGCCUUUUAGCAACACUAUACAUAUAUUUAAUGUGUGUUUUAAAUUGUAUUUAUUUAUUGUGUUUGAUGCGCUUAUUUCAUGGAUAUCAAAUAAAAGGCAGUUCUUUGUGA